CACGGUAUAACAACCGUGACGUAGUAGUGACGUAACCAUCCCCUCCUUCCUCGGGGAUGUGGAGCGAAAAUGGCGUACGGACGUUUCAACCGUUGUGUCUGUUACACGUCGACUGACUAACGGCACAGACGCCGCGGACCCCUCGCCGGGAGGCCGGAUGUGGACUAGCCGCUGACCUGUUGAUGGACUUUUCGGGGGUUCACAGGAAGUUAAUCGUCGUAGCAGUACAAUAGUUCGGAGUCCGAAACAUCUGUAAGCAUCUCCCGCUCAUCUUCCAAGAUGUCCGACUUUCUGAUGAGAUCAUUCCGGGCGCAGCUGACCACGAGCAUGGACUCGGUGCUGAGGGGAGCCGUGUUUAAAAUAAUGACCAUCUUUGAGAACAGCCUGCACGACCAUCAGGUGGAGCUGGCGCAGAAAGGGGAAGAGAUCGCUCAACUGAAGAUAAAGUUGCAGAACGCAGAGGUCAGGCUGAGCGAAAACCAGCGCGCAAGUGACGGAGGACCGGAGAGGAAGCAGAGCGAGCCGGAGAAGGUUCUGAGCGGCCCGGAAGAGGCUCCCGAUGCUUCAGAGUUUAAUUUUGAAGUACCUGAUGACUGGUGUGCCCCCCUUGGCUAUGAGACCGUGGUCAAGCGAGAAGACUCUUUUUGUCCCAGUGUGAGACUUCGCCGGCUGUCCAUCCCUCUCUAUCCCGUUCCCUUCCUGAAGCAAGAGGUUGUUAACGAUGACAUUGACUCCAGGCGGAGAUCCAGCAGAGGCUGUUCAUUGAACGCGAGGCUCGCACACGGGGAGCAAGAACCUUGCCGUCCGCCGGCGGGAAACGACAUGGCGAAAUUGGUCCAAGACAUCCAACAGGAAUAUACUGACCCCGCGGACGGUGCCCGUCCUAGAAGGACAAGGAGACGCGUGACUGGCAAACCGCAAAAGAGUACGAUGAAGAGGAAAAAAGGGGGAGGCAAAGCUGCAGCGGCUGCGUGCAGCGAGAAAGAGACUAAGACGAACGGCAGGGAAAGCACGUACUCCUGCAAGUUUUGUAAGAAGGAAUUCGACACGAUUUGGGGCCGAAAGGUGCACGUACGAUCACACAAGAAGUGCAAAGGUUGCAAAAAAGAGUUCCGUUUUCCAAGUGCCCUUAGGAGUCAUAAGCCCUUUUGCAAAAAACUCCGGGCAUUGAUGGCGAAACAAGCUACCUCCGCUAACCCUCCAAAACCCCAGAGCCCCGGUGUAGAAAACCUGACGGCGCCCAGCAAAGAAACGCCUGCUGUUAACGAAAGCGCGCCUUCCUCUAACGGCCGCCGUGAAUCAUCCACCCAGAAGGCCGAGUCUGCCAAAAAGCACGCCUGCACGCACUGCAACAUGAGUUUUAAUAGCAGUACGAGGCUGAGGGAGCACGUGCGCGUUCACACCGGCGAGAGGCCGUACCUCUGCAGCGCGUGCCCGAAGAAGUUCGCCGUCAAACAGGCCCUCAAAAAACACAUGUCGAGAAUGCACGAGGGCCAAGCCGACGUCAGCGAGGCGCAGGCGGACACGAGUUCAAACUGGAAGACCGUUGGCACGCGCUGCCGCGAGGGUUUCAUCUGCGCGUUGUGCCCGAGGCUGUUGAGAACCAGAUUCAUGCUGAGCGAGCACUUUCGCACGCACACGGGGGAGAAGCCCCUCAAGUGCGAGCAGUGUUCCGCAACGUUUCGUUUUCGCGGGCAGCUGAGCCUCCACAAGAAAAGGUGUGCGGGUCCUCAGCCGGUGACCGAGUGCGCAAAGUGUCAGAAAACAUUCGCCACGCAAGCGCGGUACCUGAAGCACAUGUCCAGUUUUCACAAAGAUCGGUCCUUCUGUAAGAUUUGUGGGAAGGUCUUCCUCACAAAAGGCCGCCUGAGGAACCACAUGGAGCGUUUCCAUCAGUAAGCCAGUUCACCGGUGGGACGUCUUUUAUGCUCUCGCUGGAGGUUGUAUGACAAAUCCGUAUUUCCUUCAGGCCAGCAAACUUUUAUUUUUUGGGGUAUUUGCUGAAGCUAAAUGUGUAAUCAUCUCUACAUAUUGUUCUCCUGGUUGCCUUAAUCACAUUGUGCUGUUUGGUGUCAAGUCAGCAACUUUUUUGCUGAAUUCAAAACUUGAGUCUCUUGGAUUAAGUUUGUGGUCACGUGCUUUGUUGUGGAGUCACAUUUUUGGACUAAUCUUUGAUUUUGGCUGUACUUUUGGUCAUUUGUUAUACACAAGUGUUUUUUUACUGAUACACCGAUAUGUGAAGAAAUUACACUGUUAUAGACGUCUUACAUUCAAAAUGACGUCUUAUUGUUCAACCUAAAGCUUGAGUUCUUAAAUAACCCCAAACAUGCCUAUAUAUUUAAAGUAUCGACUGUUUCAAUCGUGGUUUUAUAUUAUGUGUAGUGUUUGUGUUAAUGUAUCCACACGGUAGGAUCUGAUAACACUGCUGCUUUUUAUUUUCUUUAAUAUAAGUAAUGAAUAAUUGUUAUUCUAGACCUACACAUUGUUGCCAUUUUCCCCAAAUAAAAUGUUAUACUUUU